AUGCGUCCCAUCUUCUUUCUUUCUUUCUUUCUUUCUUUCUUUCUUUCUUUCUUUUAUUCUGAAUUGUUCUUUGCUUUUUUCUUUUUUUCUUUCAUUCAUUCAUUAAUUCCUUCAUUCCUUCAUUCCUUCAUUCAGUCAUUUCAUUUCUUUCACUCCCUUUCACUUCUCUUUUUACUCCAUUUCAUAUUUCCGUGCAAAGAAAUCCACUCAUUUUACUCAGAGACAUCUUCUUGUUAUUAUCGUGUCGCCACCACCUUCCCUACCAUAUUGUAUCUUCUCUGUCUCGCUCUCACUACCUUUGAAGCUACGACUAAACAAAAUUUAUCUCAACAGCAACCUACACCAUUAUGCAAAUGUGAAUUUUGCUCUGUGACUAGGUUUGUGCAAAUUCUUAACGAUAGCCUUGGCACAGGAGUUUCAUUUCUUAAACAGUAUCUCUACAUUUUAUUUGGCGGAAUUUAG